ACAAGCACCACUCCUGACUGCCCUCCUCCUUUGCUGAAUACACUAGCAGCCCCGCUUAACUCUCUGUCCUCCCACUGUCAGCCCCAUCUAUACCAUGACGCUCAUCGAUAAACGACCUAAGCGCAAGCUUUGUCGGGAGAGACUCUGCGCUAUCGAACACAGGUCAAGGCAUUGGGUUUCGGGUACUUCAGCACAGCAGAUGUAGAAUCGACUGGGAUCCAGCUGGGCGCCCUAUCCCUGGAGGACAAGUCCCUGUGGCCCCGCUUCUUCGAGCCCUACAAAGGAGAUAUCCUCAUCCAGGUUGAGCACUAUCUCAAGCCCGGUCCGAUGUAUUUGGAUGAUGAAUUCCUCCAAUCGAACGCGGGCACUGGGGUACACUGGGGGAGGAGUUGGCUUGUCACGGAGUGUUCCCCCAGCGAGAGGAAUUUCCUCCAGGGCCGCGAUAUAUAGAGAUAUCGGGGAUUUCACCAAUUUCGAUCUUCUUUUAGAGAUUCAGGCGCCGCGGUGGCAAGUGGAAGUAGUCUGGGACGCAGCCAACGGGCAGCAUCCUCAUCUGAAGGAGAUGGUGAUUCACGAUACCGAUGGGAAGGAUGCGGACCAGCGGCUUCUACGUGCCGAGCUGCUGACUCUGAUUACAAUCAUCACAGCGCGCUUGACGCACAAAGCGACUCGUGCGUAUGCAGAUGCCCCGCGGAUCAAGUGUGACGAGACGGUACCAGCGUGUAACCAAUGUACACGGAAGAACUUCGACUGUCCAGGCUACAGACGACCCUUGAAGUGGUCCUCUAAGUAUGAGGUAGGCAAGGGCAUCACGCACCCAUCCUCCGAGCUGGAAGAGACCAUGCAGACAUUGCAAGCACAUUUCAUCCAGCCGAGCAGGUCAACCGACUCCACAGCCUAUGCUCAUCGAGCUGAAGCUGCUCAUCGAACCCAAACUGACCCCGAAUCACCCUUCUGCAUUGAUGGAGACAACACUUCCACUCUAUUGACCAGAGGAAGUCCCACCACCAGCGACCUAACGAGGUUGACCAACCUGCACCAGGUCUACGUCACCCUGGAAGAUGACGACACAACUCUACUGCGCCACUAUUUCUCCAAAGUCUGUCCAGUUAACUCAUGUUUUGACUCGCACAAGAACUUCUUCCGCAUGGAGGUCGGAGCCCUGAUAAGCUCCCGUCCACUAAUCCACUCCUGUGUUCUGGCCAUGUCCGCCGCUCAUCUCACCCCAAUACGAGGCGACAUGGUAACAACCACCCUGACUCAUCGAUCAACAGCAUUAGCCUGUCUGAAAGCGGAGAUAGAGGCAGUAUCCACCCCGCAUUGGAGAGAGGGCGCAUCAUCGCUCGAUGGGACCGUCGAGAUGCUUCUUGGUAGCAUACUUCUGGGCAUGACUGAGGGAUGGCAUGAUCCGACGCAACUGGGCAUCACCCAUCUACACGGCUCCCGGGUCUUAUAUCGCAAAUGGCUGUCAGCGUCUACGAGGCCAGGCCCUUCCUCCCAAGUAGAAGGCUACCCUCGAACCAGAAGUCUCAUCACUGGUCUCAUGGUCUACUGGGAAGCAGUUACUUCCUUCGUCCAUACUCAACCAUUGGACACAAUCGCCUACCUAGUGGCCGAUGAGCCGUCCAGCAUCUACAUCAACCCCUGGACCGGCAUUUGCACACCCUUGUUUGUCUGUCUGGCUAGGGUCGGCACCCUGACCAGACACCGAUCUCUGCUUCGUCAGAUGUCUAUCGCCGCUCCAUCAGUAAGUGGGUUGAGGCAUGUCAGCACCGACAUGAUGGACCACGCUCGAAGUGUGGAGACCGCGCUCCUCCGCUAUCAAGUCCCUUUGCAGGAGCACAUCGAAGACACAGUGGAUGCACGAACGCCCAUCGACCACCUUCAACGACUCGCUCGUAUUUAUCAACAAACAAGCCUCCUUCAGCUAUACAUGGCAUUCCCCGACCUCCAUGCGGGGUCGGACGACGAAACACAGGUGCGUGGCCAGACCUCGUGGACGUCGAGGCGGGCCCAGUAUAUUUUCACACUGGCCACAAACGUGCUGGCUGCUAUCGGAGUCCUUCCCACCACCUCGGGUGUCUAUUGCCUGCUCACGAUUCCGCUGAUCGUUGCCGGCAGUGCAUUGCAGGUUCCUGCGUGCACGGCCCUCCGGCCACAUCAAAGUGGUCAAUCUUCACCAGAUAUCCUGGACUCCACCCUGCAGGAGGAUACCUGCCUCUUCUGGCGCAACUCCGUGCGUGAGCGCAUCGAGACCACUCAUCGAAUCGUCGGCGUUGCCGCUAUUCCCCGGGCGCAGGAGAUUCUGGAUCGGGUAUGGUUCCUGUCCGAUGUGCAGAAGGUUGCAGACGAGCCUGGUGGGGACUUCGAGUACGUCCAAUGGACAGAAGUGAUGGCCUCCGAGCGUUUGGAGACAAUACUUGGCUAG